GGCGGGCUUGUCAUAGUCUUUGGGCGAAAAGGUGCAGCGCUGGGUGCAGCAGUCGGUGGCCGUUCUUACGUGAGCAUUUUGGCGGUACGAUGCUCCUUUGAUUCCUGCCAUGGAAGAGUGCGUGCGUCCGGUGUUCCUCUGAGAGAGCGAGUGCGGGAAGUGGGAGGGAGGGAGGCGGAGGCGGGUACAGAUCUGGAGAUGUGGGUGUGUAGUGGUAGAUUCGCGUGAGCAGAAGAAGAUCAGAGCAGCAGCAGCAGCCAGCAGCAGCAGCAGGGGGGGGGCAGGAUGCAUCUUCGCCGUGUGGCCGAGCACAUCCCAAACCAACGUCGCGGGCAACUUGUCCUGAUGUAAGGCUCGGUAGGGUCUGCUGAGGCGUCCCGUUGUCGUCGUCCUCUGCUGCGUGGACCGACGACGAAGGAAACCUCUAGACUCGUCCGUCAAGCCCGAGGCCCCGAACAUUGUCGUCCUCCCUCCUCCAUCUUCAUCUCCAUGCCAUGACAUGCCAUGCCAAGCCCAGCACAGGCAAGAGCACGCUUGUCAUCCCCGAACCAUGAACCUUCUGUUUGAAGAAGACGACUCUCUCGAUUCGAGCAGCAGCACUUCCGACCCUUCCCCGGUGGACUGAAGAUUGACCGUCACUCGUCACUCGUCACUCCUCGUGACUGAUUAUCAUCAUUGCUCCAGGGCGACACUGUGUCUUCACUCCCUUCCCUCCCUUCCUCACAUCCUCGCACUCGGAUCUCGAGUGGCUCCCCCUUCCUUCUCGUCCUGCUCUUCUCCUUGGUCUAGCUCGGUACAUGAAGCACAAGCACGAAGCAGGCACGCGACAAGCCGAUAGGCUCUGUGCGCCUUGUUCUGACGGACCACCUUCUGCGCUUCUCACUCCGACCCCGACCGUGAUUCUGACCAUCUCCGAGUCUUCUCCGAAAUACUCGUAUCUUCAAAUUCUUCCAGCAGGUCGCGCGCAGCUGCAACUGGGGAUUGGCACAGAAACGGGCUGGCUGUGAGCAGAUGGAUCUGUAUUCGGUCGGAGCGUGUUGAGCGACGACCUCCUCGCGGAGAAUCCUGCUUCGCUUUCCGCUACCUACUCGCGGGAGGUUGUUCAGGGAGGAGGCGUGCGACUCACAUCUUCCCGUGAACUGGUGGGCAGGUGCUCGUCUCGUCUUAAACCUCUCACAGGCACCAGUACCCUCGUCGAGCUGUGUCAGCCAGGGAGGGAAGGAGGCAGGCAGGCAGGCAGUGGGUGCCUAGGUCUGGGAGGAGAGUUUGUAGAUCGUCAAAACGGCGAACAUGGAUGCCAAGGGACUCACGUCCCAAAAGGAGCAGACGGCGGCGAUGGCGGAGCUGAUCGCCGAUCUGCGGAAGAUGAUAAACAAUCCCGAGUACAGCGACGUGGAUUUCGUGUGUCAGGACAGGGUGCGAGUUCACGGCUGCCGACAUUUCUUAACAGCCAGGUCGCCGGUGCUCAAGCGGAUGCUCGUGCCGGGCACGAGAGAGCUUCCUCUGCCCGACAUAUCGUCCACCGUGCUGCUGUCGCUCUUGGAGUAUCUGUACACCGGCACGAUGGUCGAGUACGCUCCUCUCAACUCCAGAAAAGCGUACGAGGUGAUCACGGGCGCCAGAUACUUCCAGCUCCAGCAUGUGGAUAAGCUGACCCGAGAAUUUCUUGUGAACAGCACGGCCACGGUGGGCGAUGACCUCACCAAGGCUGCGCUGCGGCUUUCUGUGGCUUUGGAGUUCGGGACUCUAUCGAGCGAGCUCGAAAUUCUAUCCAUCGAAUUCGUCCGAGUGUUGAAUUCGAAGAACAUGGAGCCCGUCCACCUGCAAGCUCUGUCGGAGAAGGCCUUCCGGUACUUCCUGCACAAGACGAAGAGCAAGAGCGAGCUGGGAACUCUUUCUUUUGGAGAGUAUUUGCGCUUCAGACAAAUCAUCCUCUGGUGCGCCAGCCAAGUCUGCCCCGAGGAAGCGGCCGAUGUUGUGAACCUGUCCCUUCCGGAUUCGAAGGGCGCUUUGAUGUUUUUGCGAGACUCGAGCAAGGCUCCAGCCACAGACGAAGCUCAGUGGAGCUACCUCCGAUCCAUUCUGCUCAGAAAAGAAGACCCUGGGAAUCCCAUGGCCAGCCUCUUGUCCCUGGUCGACCUACGACGCAUUCACCCCGAGCUCCUGAUGAAGGUCGUGGAGCCCCUGCACCUGGUGCCUCCGGCCGACGUGCUCAAAGCCUACCAAUUCCAGGCCCUCGAGAGACCUCGCAUGUUCGCCAAGGAUUCGGUGUGCACGUGGGAACACGGGACUGCGUACAAAACCAUAGGCGAUGGAUCCACUCUUCAGAAGGUGGAGGCUGAGAUCGGAUUCGCCAGAGCCACGAUUGCCAUUUUCAGGCCGUUCGGUAUCUACGAAUGGGACAUAAUCAUCGAACAGUUGUGCCACCAGUUCUGCGAGAUCGGGUUCCAUUUUGUGAGUCGGUUGCAGUCGGGAAAAAUCAACUUCAAUGGGAGCACUUUAGCUCAGCAACCCACCGGAUGGGCUUUGAACAUGGACAUCACAGAGGGCACGCGGAUCAACUUCCGAGGUGGGGAAGGGACGCCUAUCUGGGUACCCUACGAGAAGGAUUUUGGACAUGUGAAUGCCAGAAUCAGAGUUCAACUCGAUUUGUAUGAGCGAGUGUGCUCCUUCUCUGUGGACGGAGAUGAAUUCCAGCUGGCUUGGAGUCACCUCCUCGACGGGAUAUACUUUCCUGCUGUGUCUCUGGGCAAAGGGAACGAAGGCAGAGUUCGCAUCGAGUUGGUCAGUGGCUUCGAUCUUUUGUAGAUCGGAAGGCCAAAUUUCAAGGACACAUGACACUACCUCCUGAGCAGGUUCACAGUGUAUACAUUUUGAGUCAGAGAAUCGAUACACGCAUUUUGCAUUGUAAUUUGGGUUUUGAGGCAGAUAGUUGCUACGAUAUGGCGACCUAGGUACAACCGGAAUUUGCAGCUCGAGCAGAGCAGCUUUCUUGGUGGAGGAUGAAAUUGGAACAGUCCUGCUGAGUUCUCAUUCGUGGUUUUGAUCCCGGGUGAAUCCGAGUCAGUGAGGUUGCAGGUUAGUGAGGACAUGGCUAGUCGGUUUGAGUAGCUACGGAGAUCGUGUAUAGAGAUUAGGAGUUAGGCCAUAGGACAAUGGAACGCUGAUGAAGUGUAGGUCUUGAAGCACAACGGGGCUGUCAUCUCGAUUCCAUAUUUCAGGCAAGCAAGAUUGGACUGGCCGGCUGGACUGCCGUAUCAUCGAUCCAAAUCCUGGAUCGAUGAAGGUCCGGAUUGAGAGCCGGAUAAAUUGGCUUGGGCUUGCAUGCACGUGAAGCUUCAGACCAUGCACUUCAUAGGUCUGGCAGAGAUCAGUUUGAAGGCAAGUAUCGUUUUGUGGGUGUACAUAAGAGUGAAAUUCAGAAGAGGAGCAGGAUUACAUCAACCCGAGCUCUGGGAUUUGGUCAAACUACAGAGAGCGUCAUCAAUUUCUGGAUUGAGUUGGAAAUCUCUCAUCUUUAACUUGGGUCUGUACGAAUGGGGGAUGGUGCGUGUCAGAGCUACUUUAAACAUGAGAUUGAAUAUUUGAAGUUUAUUGGUGGUUUGUAUACUUUGUCCGGCCCAAUGAUCUGUCACUGGUGUCUGUGGCCAUGCGAUAAGAUUUGUUUUCUUCUGAAAUGACAACUGUUGAAUCAUUUUUCGGGGGAAUCUCCGC